UGUCGCUGAUCUUGAUCUUGAUUAUCGUUGCUAUGCCGCUGCUACGUGUGUUGUGUCGCCGAAGCGUCUUCGCCGUGAACUUCCACUCGGGGGCUACUGUCUCGACCUUUUGUGCGUUACGCUCAGCCGGGUUGCACGUCCAGAACUCCAGGUCGUCUACAACAUUGACAAGACAGAAUGGGAAUUACGUCAGGUCGAUCACGACCAAGUCCGCAAAGGAUGCCAUGACAACGGCUUCUGUCUUGCCUACAGACAGCUACCUGACCUCCAAUGUCAUGGAUCUGAUGUCUUUAAAAGAUCGCGUGGUUGUCAUCACAGGUGGAGCCAAGGGUAUUGGACUAGCGCUCGCCUUUGGCGUUGCCGAAGCUGGUGGCAAGAUUGCUAUUGUUGAUGCAGCACCCCAGCCCUCUGAGAACUACGUCCGGCUUGGACAGAUCUGCCACGAAGUGCGGUAUUACCAGACUGAUGUGACAGAUCAUGCCAGACUUACGAGCACUUUCGACCAGAUCACCAACGACUUUGAACGUAUUGACGGAAUCAUUACAGCAGCUGGUAUAUGUCCAGAUGAAUCAUUUCUCGACCGAGACCCUAUUUCCGUGAAGAAGUGUGUCGAAGUUAAUGUUCUGGGAACGUAUUACGCUGCACAGUUAGCUGCGCGACAGAUGGUCAAACAGUCUGAAAGGAAUCAAAGCUCUGGAGUGGGCUCGAUUGUCAUGAUUGCGUCUAUGGCUGCUCAUCGAGCCAGCAAAGAUCAAUUCACUAGUGACUAUUGCAUGAGCAAAGGCGGCGUCUUAGCUCUUACGAAGCAGCUCGGUGUCGAGCUUGCUCAUCACAAGAUACGAGUCAACUGCAUUUCUCCAGGGUACAUCGCCACGGAUCUGAUUGCGGACCUUGUCAAACAAAGACCGAAGCUGGGAGAAGUGUUUCAAUCAGAGCCACCCAUGAAGCGAAUGGGUGACAGGACCGAUCUGAAAGCUGCUGCUGUGUAUCUGCUUGCAGACGCUAGUGCAUACAUGACGAGCGGAGAGAUGUUAAUCACUGGUGGUUUGCAUGCUGGGCAAGUCUAUUGAGCGACAAUCUAGCAUCUCUAAGCAGCAAAGUCUCUUAUUGAUAAUUAACUGAUGCAGCUCCAUCCACAAUCAGAUUCUGCCCAGAGACGUAUUGCGCCAUGUCGCUUGCAAAGAAGACAACGGGCUUCGCGAUGUCUUCAGGUAUUCCCAGUCUUCC